UGUCCCACCGCCGUUUGACCCCCUCCCCCGCCUUCUCCACCCCUGCAAAUGAGGUUUGACCAGCAGAGUUAGAGCCCACCUCUGGCUGAAAAGCACUGACAUUUAGACUCCAGGCUUCAACCUGUUUACAAGCGGCUUUCCAAGGGACAUGGAGGUGGAGGGUUAGAGCCAAACAAAACACCAGCCGCCAGCCGCCAGCCGCCCCCCAAACAAGAAGUGGCUUUCGGGAGACUUCUCAUCAACAGGCACCACCAAAAAGAGAAAGGAAGAAGGAGAAGGAAACAACAGCGCCUGGGCAGCUGCCUCCAGUUCUGACAACUCCAAAGAGACACACUUUUUAAGUGGCCAGCAGGCUGGGACUCUGCAGAGAAGGACCAGAAGGUGCCAACCGCAGAGGGGCGCAGAUGUCUUCCCGCACCCCCACCCCACCCACUUUGGGUUUUGUUCACCGGGCUGUCAUCUGUUUUUCAGACCUCUUUUGCAUCUAACAUGGUGAAGAAAGGAGUGAAGAAGAGAACAAAGUAACCCCCGGGGUGGGGAGCGGAGAGCGCUGGUGACCGACACCACCAGUUCCCACUGCUGCGGCCACCCACGUCCACUGUACACCCGCAGACUGGAGAGACACAGGCAGCGGAUCUGAGAACGGAGCGAGGACAGGCAGCCGGCCCUUCCGAGGAGUUAUGGAUGUUGGUGUAUUCGCUUCUGGCCAGAUCCGUACCCGGAGGGAGCUAACCAGUAGCCACCACCUCCAGCUGUCUCUUUGCCUCGCACCAGGUCUUACCCUUCCAGUAUGUUCCUUCUGAUGAGACAAUUUCCAGAGCCGAGAGUUUCAGUACAAUGUGGAAAUGGAUACUGACACAUUGUGCCUCAGCCUUUCCCCACCUGCCGAGCCGCUGUUGCUGCUUCUUGUUGCUCUUCUUGGUGUCUUCCGUCCCUGUCACCUGCCAAGCUGGUCAGGACAUGGUGUCACCGGAGGCCACCAACUCCUCUUCCUCCUCCUCUUCUUCCUCCUCCUCCUCCUCCUCCUUGUCCUCUCCUUCCAGUGCGGGGAGGCAUGUGCGGAGCUACAAUCACCUCCAAGGAGAUGUCCGCUGGAGAAAACUGUUCUCCUUCACCAAGUACUUUCUCAAGAUUGAGAAGAAUGGAAAGGUCAGCGGUACCAAGAAGGAAAACUGUCCGUACAGUAUCCUAGAGAUAACAUCAGUGGAAAUCGGAGUUGUUGCCGUCAAAGCCAUUAACAGCAACUAUUACUUAGCCAUGAACAAGAAGGGGAAACUCUAUGGCUCAAAAGAAUUUAACAAUGACUGUAAGCUGAAAGAGAGGAUAGAGGAAAAUGGAUACAACACCUAUGCAUCCUUUAACUGGCAACACAAUGGCAGGCAAAUGUAUGUGGCAUUGAAUGGAAAAGGAGCUCCCCGGAGAGGACAAAAAACACGGAGGAAAAAUACCUCUGCUCACUUCCUCCCGAUGGUGGUCCACUCAUAGAAGAAGGCACUGUUGGUGGACACAGUACAACCAAAGACUCUUUGGCCAGGAAGAGUUGGAGUUGGUAUCCUCACAGAAGACUGUAGUGUGAAAGGCAAAGACCUAUCACAGAGCUCAGCUUGCUUAAAGGAAGGAAGGCUUUGGAGGCUUUUGUACUCACUCCUGACAUAUGAAGUUCUUUUCAUUAGCUCUGUGUCAUGCCUUAUACCCAAGACAGAGGCAAAUCAAGUGGGAUGGAAGUUAUCCCCAAGUGAACAAUGUUGUGGCUGGGUUUUUUUGUGUGUGUUUGUUUGUUUGUUUGUUUAAGUUUUUGUUUUUGAACUUCUGAGAUAGAACUUAAAGGACAUGGAACAAUCUGUUGAAUGAUCUUUGGGAAAGUUAUUUAUGGAAUAUGAACACAUAUCAAAGACUUUCAUUGCUCAUUCAAGCCUGAUGAUUCAAUGAGCAGUAAGACACGCAA